AUGGCUUCAUUGACCGCUCUUUUGGACUCGUUGCAUACGCAUCUUCAAACACAAACGCGAAUACUUCCUACCCUGCAUGCACAACUUGGCCUUCCACCAUCGGCACUCCAAGACGAACUCAAUGCACUGAAGGAUCAUCUCAUUCAAAGCGUCGAAUCGCAGGUCGAGGGCCGCCGCAAGGAAGUAGACGACUGGAUGGUUAAAUGUGAUGGCGUAGAAAGUGAAUGUUUGAAGUACUGUAAAUCGCUGGGCGGGAACAUCAAGGCCACCGGUACUACACUGGGUGAACUUAGAAAGGAGCAGGUGUUGCCACGGCGGUUUGAAUUGGUUUCGGAGCAUCAGGAGAAGUUACGACAGCUAUACCACACCAAGCUAGAGCAGCUAACGACUCUCACCAAUCGAAUCAACGCCCUCAUGCGCACGCUUGGCCCAACUUUCUACACGCCUGAUGUCCUGUUAAUCAACGACGAACCCCCGGUCGAUGUAACACCGGAGCGCUUUCUGAAACUAGAAAAAGAACUGGUCAAGGGGAAGGCUGAGGUGUCUAAACGCCUUUCGCAACUAUGCGAAACCUUUGCCCAAAUUGACUGGCUAUAUACAGAGCUCGGGAUGGCUCCGCCGUCUCCUGAAGAUCAAUCCGUGGCAUCCUCAAGUAACAGCGAUCCCUUUCUAUCUGCUUCCACUUCUACUCCGACGCCCGCUAGCCGCUCCCGAGCCGGUGCUCUGCUUUUUGCAGCACCAGAUGACGACGGAGAAUACUUAGCCAUCUUAUCUCGUUUCAUCAGUGUUUCAGCUGGCUGCGACUCCACCCCCAGUCCAACAGUUGGGUUAGAUGGCGUCGAACCUACAUUAUCUCUCCUUUCUUGGGCCAACAAUCUACUUUCUUCGCUCUCGGAGAACAAACGACGCCGGGAGACUCAUAUCCAGGCCAUGUAUGACCAGCUAGAAGUAUUGUGGCGGAGACUGGGUGUGGCUGAAGAGGAUAUGGACGCGUUUGUUGAGGUUAAUCGAGGGAGCACGGACGAAUGUGUCCGUGCGUACGAAGAAGAAUUAGAGAGAAUGCUAGAUGUCAAGAGAGAGCGUAUGGGGGAGUUCGUGGCCAACGCCAGAGAAGAAAUCUGGAAACUUUGGGAGGACAUUAUGGUGGGGGAGGACGAACGCAGAGACUUCGCACCCUUCGCCGACGAUGAAUUCUCGGAGGAACUGCUUUCUAUUCAUGAAUCCGAAAUACAACGACUGAAAGAUGAGCGUAGGCAGAAGGCGCCGCUACUCGCGAGUAUCAAGAAGUAUUUCGAGAUCUGCGAAGAAGAAAAGGAGCUAGCUGCAGCCGCCUCAGAUCAGAGCCGUUUGCUUGGACGUGGGACGGGUGGUAGCCGCGACCCAGGCCGGCUGCUGAGAGAGGAGAAGAUGAGACGGCGAGUUAAGAAGGAAAAACCUCGCCUCGAACAAGAUCUCCUAGCCUCUAUACCUUCUUGGGAACUGGAGAAUGGCCGACCGUUCCUCGUUCAUGGAGAAAGUGUCCUGCAAAUUCUCAUGGAGACUGUCAGCGCUGCCGAUCAAGAGAACGCCGCUAAGAAGAACAAGAUGACGCACUCGCGCUCUGGUUCUGGUUCAACCAGCAACCACGGCGCGUCAAUAACUCGGGCAAAGACACCUAGUGGUACCUCCGGUCACCGCGGCGUCGUUACACCUGCCGUUCGAUCUGCAUCCAGCAUGAGUAACGGGCAACCAGAGAGCUCGAAUAAACGGCCGAGGUUGAACGAGAAUGGACGUACACCAGCAAUGGGAGCCAGUGGGGGUAGAAUGCCAAUGCCUUUGCAAGAUCACCGUGCACAAUCGCGAACGGUGAGCAAGAGUGGGAGGUCGGUAUCGCCUACGAAGAUCCCUGGGAAGUCGUCUCUCCCUAGGCAGGCGCCCCCAGCGCUGGCUAUGCCUGUGCCGCGAGUAGGCACCCAACAUCAUUCGCUCGGGCAUGGGCGGGUACCAUCUGGACACCCAAGUACGGCGAGCCGAAGUACAAGCGGGUACUCCGCAGGGAGAAGCACUUCUGGCACCUACGCGAACAGCCAAGCACAGCGAUACGGCAGCGGGAUGCCAUCAGAGGCUAUGGCGCAGAAGGUGCAGAAGUUACGAAGGGAGAGUUUCAAGCCUCGACCGAGCGCUGAUGUACUUGAUAUCCCUGGCGGUCAAGUACUGAAGAAGUGGGUUCGCGGAACGCUUACUUCCUCUGGAUGUGUGAAGGAAGAAGACGAGGGGUAUUAG